UCCGGGGGAGGCGAGUCCGCAUCUCUGUGGUUGACCGGAGGGGAGGCCCCAGCCCGCCCGGCGGUGUCCAGGCCGGGGAGGCCACACCCGCGCGGGGACGGCGCCUCCAGCCCGCGCGCGCCCGCGCCCGCAGCCCGGAAGUGGGACUGCACUUCCCCGCGAGCCCCGGCCGCGGCUUCCCCGCCCGCCCGCCCGCCCGCAGGCCGCUCCCGCAGGCAGUUCCCCGCGUCGGCCCGGCGGGCUCGGGUCGGGGAGGCGUCAUGGAGGCCGAGGACCUCCAGGAAGAGCUGACCUGCCCCAUCUGCCUGGACUUUUUCAGUGACCCGGUGUCCAUCGAGUGCGGCCACAACUUCUGCCGCCGCUGCCUGCGCCGCAGCUGGACGCCGGCCGACGGCCUGUUCCUCUGCCCCGAGUGCCGGCAGCCGUCGUCGCCCGCCGCCCUGCGGCCCAACUGGGCCCUGGCCCGGCUGACGGAGAAGGCGCGGCGCCGGCAGCAGGGCCCCGUGCCCCCCGGGCUGUGCGGCCGCCACUGGGAGCCGCUGCGCCUCUUCUGCGAGGACGACCAGCGGCCCGUGUGCCUGGUGUGCAGGGAGUCCCAGGAGCACCAGGACCACGCCAUGGCGCCCGUGGACGAGGCCUUCGAGAGCUACCGGGAAAAACUUCUUAUGACUCAGUGUAGUCUAACAGCCAAGAUAAAGAAAGCCAUGCAUCUACAGGACAUGGAAGUGAAGAAUGCUACAGAGUGGAAGGACAAGAUGAAGAAUCAGAAAUUGAGAUUCAGUGCAGAAUUUACAAAGCUGCAUGACUUCCUGGCUGAAGAAGAGCAACUGUUUCUUCAGAAAUUGAGCAAAGAAGAGGAAGAGACUAAGAAGAAACGGACUGAGAACACAUUACGGCUCCAUCAGAUAAUCACUUCCUUGAAGAAGCUCAUCUUAGAGGUCGAGGAGAAGAGCCAGAGCUCCAUCCUGGAGUUGCUUCAGAAUCCAAAAGAUCUUUUGACCAGGAGUGAGAACCAAGAUGUAAACUAUUCCCUUGAAGUUCUAGAGGUGAAGACUGUGUGCCAUAUACCAUUGAUGAAGGAAAUGCUGAAGCGAUUUGAAGCUCUCUUUUUCUCUGCAGUGGCUAUCAGUGCAGCUGAAGACACAGGUCAUCCCCACCUUGUCUUCUCCCAGGAAGGGAGGUAUGUGAAAAAUGGAGCACCCGCCAGUUCUAGGCCAUUACUUUCUACAGCAUGGAACUAUUUUACUGGAUGGAGGCCUUCUCAGCAGAACACACACUUUGUGGAGAGAUUUCAACACUUACCAUGUGUUUUGGGAAAGAACGUUUUCACUUCAGGGAAACAUUACUGGGAAGUUGAGAACCGAGAUACCCGGGAGAUUGCUGUGGGGGUGUGUCAGGAGGACGUCAUGGGGAUUGUUGAUAAUGCAGAAAUGUCUCCUCAUGUGGGCAUCUGGGCUAUUUGUUGGAGUCCUGCUGGCUAUUGGCCCCUAACAGGCUCCCCUGUGAGUCCCACCAAGCUAGAGCCAGCUCUCUACCGGGUAGGCAUUUUCCUAGAUUAUGGGGCUGGAGAUAUCUCAUUCUACAAUGCUGUGGAUGGAGUGCACCUACACACUUUUUCUUGUUCUUUUGUCUCAUGUCUCCGGCCGUUUUUUUGGUUGAGCCCAUUAGCAUCUUUAGUCAUCCCACCAGUGACUGGUGGAAAGUGAUCAUGGCUAUUCUUCCCUGGCCCAAGAAUCCCUACCUAUGUCCCAGGGACACCCAUUUCUUGGCCCUCUUCUUUAACUUCAUAGUGAUCCUUCAUACUACAUCAGUACUAUCCAUUCAGAACUCCAAUUUUGUGUUUUGUUCAUCUCCCUGUAUGUCCUGUAGACAGACAUGGCCGAUCCUGUUGGUUGCCUUUCUAGCCACUUGCCCCACUUCUCAGCUUCUCUUCUGGAUCUUUCUAAUUGAACUCUUUGGUGUCCGCCCUCUAUGUGCUUCAGGAGAAGCAGUCCCAUGUGAGGUAAUUCUGGCCAAUGAGAUAGGUUGGGAAGUUUUCCAAGGUGGGGAAACUUUCUGGGGAAUAUUUUUGUAGCUUCUAAAAAGGUAUUUGGAAAGCCACAGCUCUUUUCUGAUAUUAGCAGCUUUCUUGGAACUGAGGAGAGUACAGUAACAGUGGAAAGGAAGAAAAAACAUGGUCUUUGCUGGCAUCAUCAAACUAUUGGAAUUCCCCUAAUCCCAAACUACUUGUUAUCUGAGAUUAUUGCUCCCUUUUUGUAUGAGGCGAUUUUAGUUGCAUUUUGGUUACUUGCCAUCUGAAGUGUUCUAACUGGUGCUAUAGGCACAUAGCGUGGACAUCCCACCGUUGAGGCUUAUCUCAUUUUUUUCUGAAACUUGACAAAUGUAUGGAAUCCACAUUCACUUCAAUUGCAUAAUUCCUCUUUCCAGUAAGUACUAUAUCCUUCACUUUUCUGUAUCAGAAAACUGAGGCAGUCUUCUCCGACUCUGCCCAUGCUACUACUCUCUUCACCUGACCAGGUUUCAGCCAUCAAGUGUUGAUUAUGCUGUCUGUCUGUUAAAAUCAUAGGUUGUAUAUACAAGUUUAUUAAUAUAGUGGAAAUGUUGAAAAACUUUUAAGUAUUUACACUGUGCUAGCCUCUUCACAUAAAUGCUUUCAUAUGACUCUUGUAACAGCUUGGUGAGAUGGAGAUUAAAGUCCUAUUUUUACAAGUGAGAAAACAAACCUUUAGAGUAACUCACUAAUUAUUGCUUAACUGGCAAAUGGGAGUGUUGGGAUUAAAUUUAGAUCUGUUUGAGAUGAAAGCCACACUUUUUUCUACUCUGCAUUUAUUUGUAAGUAUUUAUUGAAUGCAGAGUAGGUCAGCAUACAUUUGUUUCUUAUUUUCUUACAUGUUUUUAUCCUAUAUAUGUAUUUUUCUCUUUAACGUUAUACUCUCAAUUGUAAGCACAAAAGAGGAUUGUGGAAGUUACUGGAUAGUUAUUUUAAAAAUAAUGAUUGUUGCUCUCGUUAUAAAAGUUGUGCUCUACUUAUAGAAAAUUUGGAAUGUACAAAGUGUGUAAAGAAAGUCAUCAGUGGUCCCACCAUUACUAACAUGUUAAUGUGUUUUCUCCUAGAUUUUCAAUAGAUUUUCUGGUAGUGAUUUAACAAGGCUUCUUUCAAAACUUCUAGCACCCUCCCUAACUCUUCUCCCCCUUCCUGUGGCCCAGCCCAUUCUGGCUUAUCUUCCUAUUCAGCCAGGCCAAUAAGAUUUCAUUUAAUGAUUUCUGCUGAGUUCUCCUUAACUAUCCAAGUUACUUGAGGUUAUGAGUUGAAUGUGUCCUCCAAAAAGAUAUGUUGAAGUCCUACCUGUGAGUAUGACCUUAUUGGGAAAUUAAGUUGAAAUCAUUAGGGUGGGACUAACCCAAUGUGACUGGUAUUAUAAUUAGAGGGAAAUUUGUAAACACAUACACACACACAUGAAAUGCCAUGUGAAGACAUGGAAGAUGGCUAUAGGAGAGAUUGGAAUUAUCAAACCAAGGAAUGCCUGGGCUGCUAGAAGCUGGGAAAGGAAGGAAGAAUCCUCCUCUAGAAGCUUCCAAGAGAGCAGGGUCCUGCCCACACCUUAAUUUUUGGACUUCUGGCCUCCAUACUGUGAGACAAUAAAUUUUUGUGGUGUUAAGGCAACCAGUGUGUGGUACUCUUUAAUGACAACCCUAGGAAAAUAAUAGGUUCCAUCAGGACUUCUUCUAGUACCUGCCUUGUUAAUUUCCAGUCCUUGGGAAACUUAUCAAUACCUUUACUCCUCUCUUUGUUCUGGGCUGUUGAACCAGGUUGAUUGGCUCUACUCCAAAGUCUUACUCUGACUUAAAGAGGGCUCUUUGAGCUGCUUGGUAAACAAACUUCAAUUUUUGAUCCCUUAACUUCCUUUUAUAUCUCUGGUGGCAGUGAUUCCAAGCUUUUUCUUCCUUUCUCAAGCUUUCAUGGGCUGCCUUUCAUACCACUGUAGCUGGGGUAAAACUUUACUUCUACCUAUCUUAGGUUUUCAGAUAGGAUUCUAACAAAAAAUUAACAAGAAAAAGAACAGUUUAUUAACACAUGCAGCACAUGACACUUGAGAGAAACUAAAAUGAAGAGUAGCUCAAAUUGGAGACUUAGCAUUCUGACUUACGUAGUAUCUUCAACAAAGACCAAUAAAUUUGUAGAGAAAUAACAGGACAAAGGAUGCCAGGAGCCGGUCCAUCCUUGCUGUUUCAAGGGACCUGGCAUAUAUAGCAUACGGUUCUUAAUAUGUUUGCUCCCCUUAGCGCUGUGUGUUUUAACCAAGGUCACCUCUCCGAGAAAGGUUGUUUCCCCAGGUAGGAAUUUUUCCCUGAAGUCAGGGAGGGGAUGCCUCUCCUAGAAAGGUUGUUUCCCCAGGUAGGAAUUUUUCCCUGAAGUCAGGGAGGGGAUGAAACUCCUUAACUAAGUGCCAGGCGGGUAGUUAAUCACUACAAACAAUCAUGCUUAAGCUACAUAAUCUUUACUCCCUGGAAUGGAGAUAAGAAACGCCCUAACCUUUGUAAUAGAGAUUGAUAGGAUUGAAUCAACUGGUAUAAAUACAGAUGUAACAAGACAGAAAGAGACAGAACUUAGGAGACAGGGCUUGGAAGACAGGACCAAGAGAGACAGAGCCUAGGCACAGAACCUACACAGAACGUUCUCUAGAGACAGAAGAACUUCGCUGGAGAGAGCAUGCCGGAGGAUCCUGGACAGGGACUGGCCUUGGAGCCUGGAGGCGGAGCCUGGAGAGAGCAUGGCUGGGGAUCCUGGACUGAACCUGACUGCGGAGAUUGGCAGGAGAGCCUGACUGGAACCUGGUGACUGAGCCUGGCUGGAGAACCUAGUACAGAACCUGGCUGGAGAACCUAGCAAGACAACAUGGACACAGAACCUGGCUGGAGAUCUGAAGCAGAACCUCUCUGGAGAUCCAGACCAGAACUUGGCUGGAGAUCCUGGCUAGGCUGCUGAUCAACUGAACGCUAUCUCCGUGUCAUUCCUUCUUCGCCGACUCCGUCUACGCCUUUGGGAACCCCUGGACCUGCUGGGGUUGGACCCCGGCAAAAGGAAAGCAGUGUUAGCCUCCCCAGGGUGGCAGGUUGCAGGAAGGUAAAUAUAUGUGAGGAAACUAAUGGAGUAGUUUGUUUGCAGAUUCUUCUGGUGCUGUGUCUGAGUUAAGAGGCUGCUUCCAGUAAAAGGAGAAUUUAUAUCUUGCCUUUAGGUAGAAAAGGAAGGGAGGGGGGUGCUUUUCCUGGAUUUCCUGCUACUUAUUUGUCUCAGCUCAACAUAACUUACACUAGAGGCCUGGUGCACAAAAAUUUGUGCACUCAGGGUGUGGGGGAGUCCCUCAGCCCGGCCUGUGCCCUCUUGCAGUCUGGGACCCCUCGGGGGAUGACCACCUGCUGGCUUAGGCCUGCUUCCCGGGGGAUUGGGCCUAAGCUGGCAAUCAGACAUCCCUCUGGCAGCCCAGCAGCCCUCGGGGAUAUCCACUUGCCAGCGGGGAGCAGACCUAAGCUGCAGUCAGACAUCCUUAGUGCUACUGAGGAGGCAGGAGAGGCUCCCACUACCACCGCUGUACUGGCAGCCAUCAGCCUGGCUUGUGGCUGAGCAGUGCUCCCUCAUGUGGGAGCGCACUGACCACCAGAGGGCAACUCCUGCAUUGAGCAUCUGUCCCCUGGUGAUCAGUGUGUGUCAUAGUGACCAGUCAUUCCCAGUCUUUCUGCUGUUAAGGGUCAGUUUGCAUAUUACCCUUUUACUAUAUAGGAUAGAGGCCUGGUGCACGGGUGGGGGCCAGCUGGUUUGCCCUGAAGGGUGUCCUGGAUCAGGGUGGGGGUCCCGCUGGGGUGCCUGGCCAGCCUGGGUGAGGGGCUGAUGGCUGUUUGCAGCUGGCCACACCCCCUUUAGGGUGGGGGUCCCCCUGGGGUGCCUGGCCAGUCUGGGUGAGGGGCUGAGGGCUGUUUUCAGGCUGGCUGGCGACUGAAGCUCCCAACCUCUCCCUUUUUUCUUUUUUUAAAAAAAAUUCUGGGAUUUAUUUACCUUCUAUAAUUGAAACUUUGUUGCCGUCACUGGAGCUAAGAGCUGGCUCCAGCUCCGUGGCCAGGCUGAAAGCAGGUAUCUGGGGUUUGUUUAGCUUCUAUAAUUGAAACUUUGUUGCUUUCGGAGCUCAGAGCUGGGCCACAGCAGGCGGGGAACCUUGGCUUCCUCCAUCACUGGAGCAAGCAAGCCUCCUGCUCGCUUCAGCUGCGUGGCUGCUGGCCACCAUCUUUGUUGGUGGUUAAUUUGCAUAUCACCCUGAUUAGCCAAUGGGAAGCGUAGCGAAGGUAUGGUCAAUUACCCUUUUGUCUUUUAUUAGAUAGGAUGUUAGGCAUAUUUUGGGGUGACAUAUUAGGGUCCUUUACUACUUACUAUUGCAAAGAACUUGCUUUUUUUACUGAGAAAAAAAUUUUUUCUGGUACUGUACCCAAUUCUUUGUUCUUUUUUUUUGAGUCUUGAUAUUGGCCCCGCUCAUAUCCUGAGUAUGGGAUGGGACCAUGUGUUGUAUUUACUAAAACUCAAAUAAGCUUUUCUAAUGUACAAACAAGAUUGAGAAUAAACUUGUAAUAGCUUCCAAUUUUACUUGGAGGUUUCUCUGAGUCUUUACUAUGUUAAAUGUAUUACCUGACUCAUUAGGAGAAGUAUUUAUUAUGUAGCCUUAAGAAAGCUUAUUUAACCACAGACACUUUAACUUUAGCUUUGGGAGCAGAAAUUAACACUUCCCCCAAAACAGUUUGACAAUGACUUUUUUU